GUCAUCGUCACCGUCACCGUUACCGUCACCGUCAUUGUCAUCAUCAUCAUCAUCAUCAUCAUCAUCAUCAUCAUUAUCAUUAUCAGUUGUAGUAUUUUUGUUACCUUUUAUUUUACUUUUUUUCAGGGUGAUUACAUUGACCUCACAAUUGGUACAACUCUGGGUAUAAGCACAUUAGCAGCUGCAGCCCUUGGGAACACUGUCAGUGAUCUGGCUGGUAUAGGGUCUGCAUGGUACGUGGAGAACAUGGCAGCUAGGACUGGCAUGCGACCCCCAGACCUUACGCAAGAGCAGCUUGAUACGGUGUCUGCAAGGUGGUGUGCAAAUGUGGGUCGGGGCAUUGGUGUCGUGGUGGGCUGUCUGAUGGGCAUGUUUCCACUCCUCUUCUUGCCGUUCCACGAAGAGGACAAGAGUGAAGUAGAGGGAACAUAAUACUUACUGUUGAUAGGAUUUGAGGUGUAGGGUGGAUGUGAAUAUGAGAGGGUGACUUGGAGUGAUUACUUUUUCCCCUCCAGAGUCUGAUGUUUGUGUGUUGAGAAUGAUCUACAUAUAUAUAUGUGUGUGUGUGUGUGUGUGUGUGUGUGUGUGUGUGUG